UCCUCCUUCUGGUUGGUCCUAACUACAUUAAUUUCUCAGUGAAGAGACAAUUCUCUAAGUUUAAAUUACAAUGGAGGUGGAAAUUUGCAUACUUGGGGAGUUCUCUUAGGGACAACUGAAGAAAUCACCAGUUAGGAGCUUAUACAUGAACAUGCAAAAUAUCUUAUAUGCCUAUUGAGACCUGUGCUUAUCAGAAGUCUAUCAGUAAAAUGUGACCUUAACUUUCUGAAUCCUUAACUUAUGUAGUGCCCCACUCCCUUUCAAAAUUCUAUAGAGAAACCUUGUACUUUCAGAAUAUAAUGUGUCCCAAAAGUCUUGGUUCAGCUUUGAGCUUUAUUGGCUUUUGUAACAGCACUUAGACGUCUGUACACUUUGUUCAAAGCCUUUAAAAGUACGGACAUUUUUAAAUAUGCAUUAUUUCAUCUGCUCUUCACAACUUUGUGAGAUAGUACUAUUGUCCCGAUUUUACAGAGCGGAAAAUUGAGACAGAGAAAUUAUUUCUUCAUGGUCACAUAACUAGCAAGUGUCAGAGAUGAGAUUUAGACACAGUUCUGCCCUGACUCCAAGACCAGCAUUAUUUCCAGUAGAGCUCCUGUCUUUCACUUUUUAGUCUCUAAUAAUUAUGGAUAGUAGGAGUGCUAUUCUCUGCUCCUUCUCUCUUCUCCAGCCAUGCACCCUAAAGGGUCUCCUAGUGCCAUAGCAAUCACUUGCAGGGCCCCACUUCCCCUCUGGCAACUCUCAGGCUUGGGGAAGAAUGCCCAGAGUAGGGCUCCAAAGAGAGUCGGAUAACUGCAGAGCUUCAGAGGGGACCUUGGACUUUUUUGGGGCCAACGGAUUGGCCCUCGCCUAGAGGCUCUGCUAGAAAUGUACUCAGAUGUUCAAAUACAUUGGGCAAACUGCAUUCGGUUUAAAUAUUUCCGACUGCAAACUCGUCCUGUCGCAAUGGUGUAGGUCCCAAGUUGACUGGGGUCUGUACACUGCAAGCGGGAGAGCGGCUAACGGGUAUUUGCCCUUCUGCUUUUGCUGAUUAUUUGGCUUAAGGGCUUUUCUCCGUGUGUCGUCCUGUUGUCCAUCUUGUUUUCUGUUCAUCUAUAUACACGGUCUAUAUCUAUCAAUCCUUUUUUUUUUUGUCCACCAUCUGUCUGACUCUACCUCUGUUUAGCCGACAACGGUCUAUAUCUGUACGUACUAGCUGUACACUUAUAUCAAUGAGAUGUCUCCCAGUUCGUCUGUCUGCUGGCGUCUUCCUAUCUCUUCACCUAAUAUCUUAACUACCUAUCACUUAUUGAUCUCCAUUUGUCUUCGAUUCUGGCAGGGACUGCAGAAAUUGACCGCGACGACUGUAGGCGGAUUUUCAGACCUUGGGCUCUGGGAGGGGUGGAUGUGAAAGCGUUGGUUUAUGAGGCGUCCCCACUACCUCGGCUGGACUGUGUUCUGGGCUCCAAAGAGUGAGUUUCCGUGGACUGGCUGAACUGGGCUGGUUCUUGCAACUCCAGGACUGACUGUCUGACCUGUUACGAAACGCUGUGGGUACCUACGUUGUGACUGGGUAGUAACCUUGCAAUAGACUUCUUUGAAUGUCAGAGGCAGUCCGACGAUUCUAAAGCCCGAAGACUCCUGCCUCUUUGCUCAGCUCCAGAACUUUCCCCACCCCGGCCUUCCGCAGCGACCGGGUUCCGAGGCAGAAAAUGUUCCCACCAUGCACCAUAAGUGGCUGCUUGGGGUCUUAAUUGUAAUAGGGAGGUCCCUCCAAGGAGCAGCAGCAGGAGAGUUAAAGUAUGCUGGGAGCUGUGAAAAUGGAAGGGCACGAACACUCAGACUGGAGCAGCUACUAUGGAGAACCGGAGGGCUACUCCUCGGUGAGCAAUAUGAAUGCGGGCCUGGGCAUGAACGGCAUGAACACUUACAUGAGUAUGUCGGCUGCCAUGGGCAGUAGCUCGGCCAACAUGAGUGCCAGCUCCAUGAACAUGUCUUCUUACGUGGGAACUGGCAUGAGUCCGUCCCUGGCAGGCAUGUCCCCAGGGGCUGGGGCCAUGGCAGGCAUGGGGGGCACAGCAGCCCCAGGGGUUACGGGCAUGGCUCCCCACUUGAGCCCCAGCAUGAGUCCACUGGGGGGACAGGCCCCUGGGAGUAUGAACAGCCUGGCCCCCUAUGCCAACAUGAACUCUAUGAGUCCCAUGUAUGGGCAAGCCAGCCUCAACCGAUCCAGGGACCCUAAGACUUACCGACGGAGUUACACACAUGCCAAGCCUCCCUAUUCCUACAUCUCCCUCAUCACCAUGGCCAUUCAGCAGAGCCCCAACAAGAUGCUGACACUUAGUGAGAUCUACCAGUGGAUCAUGGACUUGUUCCCCUUCUACCGACAGAACCAGCAGCGCUGGCAGAAUUCCAUCCGCCAUUCUCUUUCCUUCAAUGACUGUUUUCUCAAGGUGCCAAGAUCGCCUGACAAGCCCGGCAAGGGCUCCUUCUGGACUUUGCACCCAGAUUCGGGUAACAUGUUUGAGAAUGGUUGCUACCUGCGUCGGCAGAAGCGCUUCAAGUGCGAGAAGCAGUUGGCACUGAAGGAGGGAGGGGGAGGCCCAGGGGGUGGAGGCAAGAAGCCAGGUGGAGGAAGUGGAGCUGGAGGGCAGCAAGCACAACUAGGAGAGGGCAGUGGGGGUUUGCCCCCCACUAGCGGCUCUGACAGUUCUGCUGGAACGGAGUCCCCUCACUCCAGUGCCUCCCCCUGCCAAGAGCACAAGCGAGGUGGUUUGGGGGAGCUUAAGGGCACCCCAGCAGCCCUAAGUCCUCCGGAGCCUGCCCCAUCCCCAGUCCAGCAGGCACACCUGCUGGGUCCACCACACCACCCAGGCCUGCCCCCUGAGGCACACUUGAAGCCGGAACACCACUACGCCUUUAAUCACCCCUUCUCCAUUAACAAUCUCAUGUCAUCUGAGCAACAGCAUCACCACAGUCAUCACCACCAUCAUCACCACCACAAAAUGGACCUUAAGGCCUAUGAACAGGUGAUGCACUACUCUGGCUACAGCUCCCCCAUGCCUGGCAGCCUGGCUAUGGGCCCCGUUACGAACAAAGGGGGCUUAGAAUCCUCACCCCUGACUGGAGACACAACUUACUACCAAGGGGUAUAUUCUCGGCCCAUUAUGAACUCAUCCUAAGAGCUGGGGCUUGGGGGUUGGGGGGUGGGAGGUGGACCUCUGCCUACAGAGGUGAGAAAAGAAGAGGAGAAGGGAUGGCUAUGGACUUUUCGGGGUGAUUUUUGAGAAGAGGAGGGAGGAGUUGGGGAAUCAAAGCUGUGUAUCCAUAUAUGCAGAGGACACCAGUUUCUGUCCCAUAGCUUUUGAUUCCCUGGCUCCCCAUUGUUCUGUAGGAAGGGAAAAAAAAUCUUUUUAAAGUCUCCAGUUUUCCACUACUGUUUAGACACCCCGCUUCUCCAGCAUCGUUUGAAUUUUAAUUUUUGCUGUUGUUGUUGUUGCAGGGAAGCCUUAUUUUUUUUUCUUUGUGAGAGAGUGAUGAUACAAACCUCCAAUUUUGGUGUAAAAAACUUGUAGUUUUAACUAAGAACCAAAAGGUUGUGCCUGUUGUUUUAUUAAAAAAAAAUAGAGGGAAAAAGGAAUAGAAAAAGUGAGGGUCUGUUGUUGUAAUUGACCCACCCCCUCAUUCAUGUUCCUGGGAGAGUGAAAUACAGUACUUGGCUCUGAUUAAUUUAUGGUUUCUGUAUGCUUUAUUUAUGGCUUAUAAAUGUGUAUUCUGGUGGUGAAGAGCCAGAUUUUUCAUAAAUCUCUAUUAAAGUGUUAUUGCCAGUUUUCCCCACUUUUCUUCAGAUUUUAUUCUCUCUCCCUCUUCACUACAUUAAAUAAAACUGAAAAUGAUGGCAUCCAGAAA